AUGCCUCGAGGGACAGAAUUGACCUACCGCAGCGUUCACAGCGAGGCUCCAAUCGCCUUCCUCUUCUACGCGGUAGCGAGGGCCGGUCCCAACGGCGAGUACCUGCCCAUGGCCAUUUUCCAGAGCUAUCCAAAAACGGGCGAUCUGAUCAGCAUCCAGCAGGCCGGCCUACUGCGAGCAUGCCAGCGGGUGCUCCAGUCCCUCGCAUCUGCGUCCAAUACGUCCACUCUGCAGGCCGAAGUAGCCAUUGCCACUCGCUUCUACUCCCGCGCCAAACAUCCUCCGUAUGAGAGAGUGCAAGUACCAUCGCCCCUAACACUCGACCCUCCCGACGAUGAUACUGCAGCGGACUUCCUCCGCCCCGUGCCCGAGGGCGGGCUGGAAUUCCCCUGCACAUCGAGGUGCCUCCUGUCGGCUCUCCGCUUCGACCCGGAGGACGGAGAGCAGUAUCGGCUGCGCUCUUGGCCUCUCGGGGCGGGAAACAGCCAUCACAACCUCGUGCAGGGACUUGUAGUGUUUGAUAUUACCGAGUGCGGUCGGCCGAGAUAUGGGAUCUAUGCCUUCCGCGCCUUUUGGAUGGGAUGGGUCGAUGACAGCUCGGAGUCUGGCUGGGACCCCGUGGAAGACGAGCCGCCGGUGAAUAAGUCGCGGGCAAUGCUCGGGAAACAAACGGCAGAUGUGCGGGUGCCGCUGUCUGGGAGGGGAUAUCUCGAUAAGCUUCAUCGGCAGAGUUGGCCACGGUCUGUAGAGCUCGUUAUUGACUGGCUGGACGAGAUCCCUUUGAUCGACGCCUCUGUUACUAAGGCCAUCUGGAGCCUUGAGCAAGAGGACGACGGAACGAACAGUGAUCCUGUUGAUUCACUGACCGUUCAGCCCAUAAACUACACGCCCAGAAAUCUGAAGGACAUGGCGAUAGACAGCCUCCUGGCCAACGUGUCAAGCAUGGGACACUUCCACACCGACACUUUCGCCACAAUACAACAGCUGCCCGACUUUCAAGCAAGACUUCUCGCACGAAUGCGAGCAUCUCCGCAUUCUCUAGGGCCUUCUUCAGCAUCAGGCCAGCUCCUCUAUCUUGCAUAUCGCGGAGAGCCGGAGCUGGACUGGGCCUCAUAUGAUAUCUCCAUGGAGGAGCUGCAGCUCGCCCUGGCAAGAACAGAACUGGAAAAUGCCAUGACGCUCUCAAUCUGUUUCGGUACUCUACACACCACACCCGAACAAUUCCUCGAGGUGAUCCUGUCUGCUCCAGCCACAAAGGCGGGAAAUCUCAGCCACCUCCGUAUACUCGAAGGACCGGGGAGACCCGACAACAACGCCAGCAUACGCUUCCUUCAACUCCUUCUCGGCUCUGCGCGGACAUCAGACCAUGCUUGGCGACUCCUGAAGUCGCCCCGUCUGCUACUCUCCGGGCUCCUUGCCAUCCCAAUGCACAGACAACUACUCUUCCUCCCUAGACUUCCCGUGGAGAUCUUCCCCGUCCGACACGUGCUCGUCAAAUAUCAACUUGAGGGACAGGAGCAUUACUACACACACCUCCCCCUCUACGACGCGCCCCUGCACGCCAUGGGCAUCGUCAAAGGCCUCCAGCGCUUUAUUUCCAUAACCUUUGAUCGUCGCCAUCACGACAACUGCGACUACAACUACUACUACACCCCGCCGUCGCCCAGCGUGAUUUGGAGCAUCGAGAACUUGUUCGUCCCCAUUAUGCCCGAGGCUGAAGACCGCCCCUCGGUGGAUGCCGAUCCGCACAUGGUCACCAAGGACAACAAACCGUUGCAGCCCAAACGAGUCCCAGGAGACACCCACGACGCUCCUCCUCAGAUCUACCCCCGGAGAAACCGCGCAAUGGUACUAUCAGAGUUCUGGACGCUGAAGAAGCUUUGGGACUCUUGA